UUACAACGUCGUUGAUCAUUCGUUUACCUGAAUAACAUAACAAAUAGUACAGAUAAGUUGUAAAAAUGGUUGUCCGUCAAUAUAAUGAGGAGCUCAAGUACUUAGAGAAAAUAAAUGAUUAUUGUUGGAAAAUCAAAAAGGGUUUUCAACCCAACAUGAAGGUUGAAGGUGUGUUUUAUGUCAACAACACGCUUGAAAAGUUGAUGUUGGAUGAGUUGAAAAAUGCUUGCAGACCUGGUGCCAUUGGAGGCUUCUUGCCUGGGGUUAAACAAAUUGCUAAUGUUGCUGCACUACCUGGUAUUGUGGGCAGGUCAGUCGGCCUGCCUGAUAUUCACUCUGGUUAUGGAUUUGCCAUUGGUAACAUGGCAGCUUUUGACAUGAAUGACCCAAAGUCCAUUGUAUCACCUGGUGGAGUAGGUUUUGAUAUUAAUUGUGGAGUUAGGCUGUUAAGGACAAAUCUGUUUGAAAGAGAUGUGUUGCCAGUUAAGGAACAACUAGCUCAGAGUAUGUUUGACCAUAUACCUGUAGGAGUUGGCUCUAAAGGUAUUAUCCCGAUGAAUGCUAGAGACCUGGAAGAAGCAUUGGAAAUGGGUAUGGACUGGUCCCUCAGAGAAGGAUACAUCUGGGCUGAAGAUAAAGAACAUUGUGAGGAGUAUGGUAGAAUGUUGAAUGCCGAUCCAUCUAAAGUCUCUACAAGAGCUAAGAAACGAGGUCUUCCCCAGUUAGGUACCUUGGGAGCAGGGAACCAUUAUGCUGAAAUCCAAGUUGUAGAUGAAAUUUUCAAUAAAUCAGCAGCUAGUAAAAUGGGUAUUGAAGAAAAAGGACAAAUUUGUGUGAUGAUUCAUUCCGGAAGUCGCGGUUUUGGGCAUCAAGUAGCAACUGAUGCUUUAGUUCAGAUGGAAAAAGCUAUGAAAAGAGAUAACAUCGAAACAAAUGAUCGGCAAUUAGCUUGUGCUCAUAUUAACUCACAAGAAGGCCAAGAUUAUUUAAAAGCCAUGUCAGCAGCUGCUAACUUUGCUUGGGUAAACAGAAGUUCCAUGACUUUCUUGAGUAGGCAGGCAUUUGCUAAACAAUUCCGUAUGUCACCGGAUGACUUGGAUAUGCACGUUAUUUACGAUGUGUCUCAUAACGUAGCUAAAAUAGAAGAACAUAUGGUUGAUGGAAAGCAAAAGACUCUUUUGGUUCACAGGAAAGGAUCUACCAGAGCUUUUCCUCCUCACCACCCAUUGAUUCCAGUCGACUACCAAUUGACAGGUCAACCAGUUUUAAUUGGAGGUACUAUGGGUACAUGUAGCUAUGUACUUACAGGUACUGAACAAGGAAUGAAAGAAACUUUUGGCUCAACGUGUCAUGGAGCUGGCCGUGCACUAUCUCGUGCAAAAUCAAGAAGAAACUUGGAUUAUCAAGCUGUCUUGAAUAAAUUAGAGGACAUGGGUAUAUCCAUUCGUGUAGCUUCUCCAAAACUAGUCAUGGAGGAAGCCCCAGAGUCGUACAAAAAUGUAACUGAUGUUGUAAAUACGUGUCAUGCAGCAGGAAUUUCUCAAAAGUGUAUUAAACUUCGACCUAUAGCCGUUAUUAAGGGCUGAAGAAACAAGUGUUUGAAAUACAAUUUUUGUAAAGCUUUUUUAAGAAUACAAACACAACACUCAGCAAUCUGAGAAUAAUUUUUUUA